AUGUGCAACGUGUUCGAUCAGUUAACGCUUGGAAUCUUUCUCAGGGUGUUCUUAAGCUUUUUCCUUGGACAAAUGAUUUUGUUCCAGCCACUCUUAAAACAUACUUCUGCUCAGGUUUGGAUAAGAAUCCAUGGAUUGUCCCAAGAAUAUUGGCGUCCCCAGAUUUUUUUUGCCAUUGCUAGUAGUGUUGGGACCCCUAUUUGCAUUGAUUUGGCCUUAAACAAAUCUUCUUUCGAAAGGCCAUUUGGGCAUUUUGUGAGGGUUUUGGUGGAUUUGGAUGUAACUAAAGAAUUCAACUACAAGAUUUUAAUGGAAAGGGUGGAUUUUACGUUCUUUGUUGACAUCGAAUAUGAAAAAGUCCCAUAUUUUUGUACUUUCUGCUCUUGCAUUGGGCAUUCAAUUACGAAUUGUAAAAGAAAAGACCAUAUACAAGGGAAGGAUAUGGAUGGAGGUACAAAACCUAAGAAACCAAAGUCGGUUCUUGUGGAUAAGAAUAAUGCUUUUGACGAGCAGCCAGUUCAGCUGGCUGCGGAAACAUCACCUCUUCUGGAGAUUGUUGAUGCUAAUAUUCCGGUUAAGAACUUAGGGACAACAAAUGUGCAAAACACUGCUGCUAGAGAGAGUGAACUUGGAAGUGAUGACAACAAUAUUGAUGUGGUCCCUCGUGGAAGACUUCAGGGUAGUAAUCGAAUUUUUGAGUGUAUUAUUGCUACUCAAGUGGAGGAAGUGGUUCCUGAAACACAAUUAGGGAAAAGUCACAAAAACAAGUCAGGGAUUUCCUUCAUAAAUCUUGGGCUAAUAUAUCUUAAUUAG